GGCAGUCGCCAACGAAUCGCGCGCGCAAGCAAACCGCCAGCGAACUGCAGCGGAGGAGCAUCUCCGCCUGAAUGGAAUAACCCUAGCUGAGGACCGAACAUCGUAGAUAUCGAGGCAGAAGAUUGGACAACCAAGUCACCUUUGACCCGGACAACGGAGACGGACAACGCAGCAGACUGGCAGAAUGGCCGCUGGAAAGUUGACUGAUCGGGAGCGGGAGGCGAUCGUCAGCAAUCUGACCAAGGACGUGCAGGCUCUGAGGGAAAUGGUGAGGAGUCGGGAGAGCGAGCUGGUCAAGCUGCACCGCGAAAUCCACAAGCUGAAGAGUGUGCUCCAGCAGACCACCAACAACCUGAACGUCACCCGAAAUGAAAAGGCCAAGAAGAAGCUCUACUCCUUGCCAGAGCAAUGCGGCGAGCAGGAAAGUAGGAACCAGAAUCCACAUUUGUGCAGCUCCUGCGGCAUGGUGCUGCCCACCAGUCCGGAGUUCGCCCUGGAGGCGCUUUCUCUGGGACCGCUGGCCCCCUUACCAUCAACAUCUUCCGCCUCCCCAUCUGGAUCGACAUCUGCGGAUGAAGUGCGACCCAAGGCGAUGCCCGCUGCCAUCAAGAAACAAGGUGUAUCCGCCGAGAGCUGUGUGCAGUCCAUGCAGCAAUCCUACAGCAUACCGAUUCCAAAAUACGACAAGGAUUUCAGUGAUAAGCAGCAAAUCAAAGACGCCAUCAUGGACAAUGACUUCCUAAAGAACAUAGACGCAUCGCAGGUGCGGGAACUGGUGGAUUCAAUGUACUCCAAGAGCAUAGCAGCCGGCGAGUUUGUGAUCCGCGAGGGUGAAGUGGGCGCACAUCUGUACGUCUCCGCCGCCGGCGAGUUUGCGGUGAUGCAGCAGGGCAAGGUUCUGGACAAGAUGGGGGCGGGAAAGGCGUUUGGGGAGCUGGCUAUCCUCUACAACUGCACCAGGACGGCCUCCAUUCGAGUCCUAAGUGAGGCUGCGAGGGUAUGGGUGCUGGACAGACGGGUCUUUCAGCAGAUUAUGAUGUGCACGGGCCUCCAGCGAAUCGAAAACAGCGUGAACUUCCUAAAAUCCGUGCCCCUGCUGAUGAACCUUAGUGAGGAACUGCUGGCCAAGAUAGCAGACGUUCUGGAGCUGGAGUUCUACGCCGCUGGCACCUACAUCAUCCGACAAGGAACCGCCGGGGACAGUUUCUUCUUGAUCUCACAGGGCAAUGUCCGCGUGACCCAAAAACUAACUCCCACCUCCCCGGAGGAAACUGAGUUGCGAACGCUGUCCAGGGGAGACUAUUUCGGAGAGCAGGCGCUGAUCAACGAGGAUAAGCGAACGGCCAACAUCAUCGCACUGUCACCAGGAGUUGAGUGCUUGACCCUGGACAGGGAUUCCUUCAAGCGGCUGAUUGGGGAUCUCUGCGAGCUGAAGGAGAAGGACUACGGCGAUGAGAGCAGGAUGCUAGCGAUGAAGCAGGCGCGGGAAAGCUGCCGGGAUGAGCCGAAGGAGCAGUUGCAGCAGGAGUUCCCCGAUCUCAAGCUCACGGACCUCGAGGUGGUCAGCACUCUUGGCAUCGGAGGCUUUGGUCGGGUGGAGCUGGUCAAGGCCCACCAUCAAGAUCGCGUGGAUAUUUUUGCCCUGAAGUGCCUCAAGAAGCGACACAUUGUGGAUACCAAACAGGAGGAGCACAUCUUCAGCGAACGCCACAUCAUGCUCAGUUCGAGGUCGCCCUUCAUCUGCCGUUUGUAUCGCACCUUCCGUGACGAGAAGUACGUGUAUAUGCUGCUCGAGGCCUGCAUGGGUGGGGAGAUAUGGACGAUGCUCCGGGAUCGCGGAUCCUUCGAGGACAACGCGGCGCAGUUCAUCAUCGGGUGUGUCCUGCAGGCGUUUGAGUACCUGCAUGCCCGCGGAAUCAUCUAUAGAGACCUUAAGCCGGAGAACCUGAUGCUGGAUGAGCGCGGCUAUGUCAAAAUCGUGGACUUUGGCUUCGCCAAGCAGAUCGGAACGAGCUCUAAGACGUGGACCUUCUGCGGCACACCGGAGUACGUGGCACCCGAGAUCAUCCUGAACAAGGGUCACGAUCGAGCGGUAGACUACUGGGCUUUGGGCAUUCUCAUUCAUGAACUGCUCAACGGAACGCCACCGUUCAGUGCUCCAGAUCCCAUGCAGACGUACAACCUCAUCCUGAAGGGCAUUGACAUGAUAGCCUUUCCCAAGCACAUCUCCCGCUGGGCCGUGCAGCUCAUCAAGAGGCUAUGCCGCGAUGUUCCAUCGGAGCGCCUCGGCUACCAGACUGGUGGCAUCCAGGACAUAAAGAAACAUAAGUGGUUCCUGGGAUUCGACUGGGACGGCUUGGCCAGCCAGCUGCUGAUUCCGCCCUUCGUGAGACCCAUCGCCCAUCCCACGGAUGUGCGCUACUUCGACCGCUUUCCGUGCGAUUUGAACGAGCCACCGGACGAGCUCUCCGGCUGGGAUGCGGAUUUCUAGGCCCAUUCCGAUACCUCCUUGACUUAGUAAUUGAUCACUCUUUAGUUAAAUAUAGGUUACUUUACUGAU